AUGUCCUUCUUCAAGCGCAACGAUCCCGCAGCUCCGGCAGCGAGAAGAGCGGGUGGAGCUCCUCCACCAAACUCUCAGUACGAGCGCCUACCUCCCGAUCAAGGUAGCUAUGCUCCUCAGCAAGCCCCAACUCCCCCGCGCCGGCCGCAGCCCCCUAGCGAGUAUGCUGCACCUCCUCAGUCGCGACCAAACGAGCAGCGCUAUCAGCCUCAACCAUCUGAACAGCGGUAUCAACAAGAUCCAUACCAGGAGAAGGCGGACUACCGGUCGGCUCCACAAUCUCGAAGUCAAGGCGGAGGUUCUGGGCGAGGAAUGUUCAACAUUGCUCCCUGUCCGUCUGACCCUCUCGCACUGACCAAUCGGCUCGUCGUCAACGGGUCGGACUUCCCGCCUGAGGUCGAGUUUGUCAUUAUCCGGAACCGCUUCAUCUUUUCCAUCAUUCGGGACCCCACCAGGACACUCCCGCCACGGCACAUCGGUCCUUCCAAGAUCAUACGACAAUGGGUCGGGCUCUCGGCUGUGGGCGAGACGGUCGAGUGCGAGCCGUAUCAGCCUGGAAAUGGGGAAUGGGCGAGCAGUGCCGAGUUGGAAAUUGGAUUCCGUCUCAAGCGCAAGGAAACAUCCGACCUAUUUGAUAGCGAAGAGAUGGCAGCGGCAUUCAUAAAUGCGUUCCCCUCGCUUCCGCUGAGCCCUCUUCAACCGCUCGUAUUCGACUACCGAGGCCAUGAGCUCAAGGCGACGGUUCGGAGCGUGUCUACCCUGGAUGGAGCGGAAGGCCAGACAGGUGUGAUCAUGGAGGGAACAGAGGUCAUCUGGGUCAAGGACCCCUCGAGCGGAAUCAAGCUCAAAAAUUCGUCCAAGCGCGGCCCUUCCAAUGCCAUUCUUGCGCCCAACUUCAAAUUCGAAGACAUGGGUAUCGGAGGUCUCGACACUGAAUUCUCGGCCAUCUUCCGUCGAGCCUUUGCCAGUCGAAUCUUCCCUCCCGGUCUCGUCGAAAAGCUCGGUAUCCAGCAUGUCAAGGGUAUCCUCCUCUUCGGCCCGCCCGGUACCGGAAAGACACUUAUGGCUCGGCAAAUCGGCAAAAUGCUCAACGCGCGCGAACCCAAAGUCGUCAAUGGUCCCGAGAUUCUCAACAAGUUUGUGGGACAGUCAGAGGAGAAUAUCCGGAAGCUCUUUGAGGACGCGGAGAAGGAGCAAAAAGAAAAAGGGGAUGAGAGUGGUCUGCACAUCAUCAUCUUUGAUGAGCUUGAUGCUAUCUGCAAGCAGCGAGGCUCGACUGGUGGCGGUACAGGAGUAGGAGACUCGGUUGUCAACCAGCUGUUGUCCAAGAUGGACGGUGUGGACCAGCUCAACAAUGUCCUCAUCAUCGGUAUGACGAACCGGAUGGACAUGAUCGAUGAGGCCUUGCUCCGUCCUGGUCGUCUCGAAGUUCACAUUGAGAUCUCCCUCCCGGACGAGGCUGGCCGAUUCCAGAUCCUGACAAUCCACACCGCCAAGAUGCGGAACAACGGAGUCAUGGCCGCGGAUGUCGAUCUCGCCGAGCUGGCCGGUAUCACCAAGAACUUUUCCGGUGCAGAGAUUGGCGGUCUCGUCAAGAGCGCUACCAGUUUUGCCUUCAAUCGACACGUCAAGGUCGGAAGUGUCGCUGCAUUUGACGAUGUCGAGAAUAUCCAAAUCUCCCGGGUCGACUUUAUGCACGCUCUUGAUGAGGUGCAGGCGGCGUUUGGUGUCUCGGAGGAAGAGCUCCAAUCAGUCGUCCAGAACGGCAUCAUCCACUUCUCGCAGCGGAUCAACGAUAUCCUCAACGAUGGAAGUCUAUUAGUCGAGCAGGUCCGAAACUCGGCACGAACCCCUCUUGUCUGCGCUCUUCUCCAUGGCUCAUCCGGCUCCGGCAAGACCGCACUGGCGGCUACGAUCGCCCUGGCUUCAGAAUUCCCCUUCAUCAAGCUCGUCUCGCCCGAGUCAAUGGUCGGCUUUGGCGAAGCGCAAAAGAUUGCUCAAUUGCACAAGAUCUUCUCCGACUCCUACAAGAGUCCUCUCAGUGUGAUUGUUGUGGACAGUCUUGAGCGUCUCUUGGAUUGGAACCCCAUUGGACCUCGGUUCUCAAAUAGCGUGCUUCAAGCUUUGGUCGUGCUGUUUGGAAAGCGCCCGCCCAAGGGACGCCGUCUUCUGAUCUUGGCGACUACCUCCAACCGCUCAAUCUUGCGGGACAUGGACGUCGAAUCUGCCUUUGACACGGACAUCCCCGUUUCGCCCAUCAGCUCCAUCGAGUCGAUCGAUCACUGUUUGCGGGAAGUCCGGCUCUUCAACUCGGACCAGGAGCACAAUCGCGCCAUGCAGAUGCUCCGGGAGGCCAAGUUUGGCGAGUCGGGUCGAGGCGAGUUGAUGGUCGGCGUAAAGAAGCUGUUGAGCAUGGCGGAGAUGGCUCGGCAAGAUCCGGAUCCGGCCUACAAGCUGGUUUCAAGUUUGGUUCGCGAAGUGAAUUGA